AUGUCUCUCUCUGGUGGCCUGACAGGAGCGAACAAGAUCGACGACUCGCGAUGGGAGCAUUACAGAGCCAACAUAGAUGAUCUGCCACUGGACUCUCCAUCUCCCGAACCGGGCGUGCUGCUACACUACAUAAGCUGCAAGCCUACAGAAGGCACAAGGGCCAAAGGAACUAUCCUUCUCAUUCAUGGCUUUCCACAGACCUCUUAUCAAUUCCGCCGGGUAAUCACACCAUUGUCAGACGCUGGCUAUCAUGUCCUUGUGCCCGAUUAUCGUGGAGCUGGAGAGUCUAGCAAGCCAUGGAGUGGCUACACCAAAGACAUCAUGGCCAGAGAUCUGUUCCGUCUCGUUACCGAGCACGAAGGUCUCAAAGACAAGAUCCAUGUUGUAGGCCACGACAUCGGCGGCAUGGUUGCUCAUGCAUAUGCUACCCUCUAUCCAGAGUGUACAGCAAGUGUCUGCUGGGGCGAGUGCCCUCUACCUGGAUCGAAGUUGUAUGAGGAGACGAAAAAUACCAUGGCCAUGUUUCACUUUACCUUCCACGCCGUACCGGAUUUGCCGGAACUCCUUAUUGCAGGCAAGGAGCGGGUCUACUUGAAGCACUUUUACGAUCGAUACGCGCAGAAUCCCGCUGCGAUCAGCACGCACGACUUAGAUGUUUAUGCCACCGCGUUUGCUCAACCAGGUGCCAUGCGAGCUGGACUGAACGUCUACAGGGCAUUUGAAGCUGAUGCAGCCAUGAACAACAAGUGGGUCAAGGAGAAAGGCAAGUGCGAAGUGAGGUGUAUGAACCUGUGGGGUGGGAAGAGCUUCGCCGAUGAGCAGAAGUCGAAUGAGACGUCCGAGGCUUUCUAUUCGAGCGUGAGAUAUGACACAGUCGACGGCUCUGGCCACUGGAUCGCGGAGGAGAGACCGAGGGAGUUCGUGGAAAAGGUAGUAGCUUGGAUUCAAUCGAGCUGA